GUCCCGAGUCUAUGCUGGUUUUCAGUGGCAACAACAAUGUACAUGGUUUAUUUGACCUUCUCCUAAACUACAGAUCUCUCUUGACCUUACUUUCUGGUAUGGACGUACCUGUCUUGUGCUCUCCUGUGCCGUUUCGAAAUUCUUCUUUGUCUUCUCCUGAUAUUAAAUGCAUGGAGAUGAGAAGAGCGGAACAUAUUGCUGCAUCUAAUAAGGGGUCUAUUUGGAAAGAUGGAGAGUCUGCACGAGGAUCGUCAGAUGGCCUUUGUUGUAGCAUUGAAAUUAAGGAUGCAAUUCUUCCACCUUGGAUUAUUUGUGGUAUAUGUGCAUUGAUGGGCUCUGAAGGAAGAAGCUUUGAGGCAAGUUUUGUGACGGAACCUAGCUCAAUUGGCUUGAAUGUUGCUUUAAAAUCAACUUGUGAGAAGUCGAAAUCUACAGCCGCAGGUAGUGAAAACUUGCAAAACUUUAGUGGUACAUUUGGCAUUCCAGAAGCUGUAGUUGCCUCUUGCCUGUGGUCAAGUUCAAUAAAAGGCGUGAAGUACUGUGAUGGUUCUUAUACAGCAUCUCUAUCCCCUGUAUAAUCAUAUCAGAACAAGUAACUUAUUUUCAUCACAAUGAUGGCUAAUCUUUCGCUUCCCCCUCCAGAAAAUGAAAAGCAAUGAUGUUGUAUUUUUAGAUCCGA